GGUUGUUGCCAUUCUCGUCUCUUCUCCCUUUUGUGCGCAGCAACAGUAGCAAAUGUAUCAACUAUAUAUAUAGCUAUAUAUACAAUGUGUAUAUGCAGCAGCGGUGGGCACAAGAGGGAGGCUAUAUAAGCGAGCAGCGCAGCGCGUGUAGUGCCAACAGUCCCAUACAAGAGAGCAACGAGGACGCGCAGCUACUGCGCGAGUCUGCACCGCUAUAUACAGUAUAUAUAUACCCCGAAUAUCCAUUCGCAGCUAGUGUUUACAUGUAGUCUUUGUGUCGUCGGAUAUAGAGCGUGCGCGAUACACUUACAUUCGUACAUACACAUUUUCUCUGUUUUCUUGGAUUUCAAACGGUCUUGGAAUUUCUCGACGAUCUCUGGAUCAUCGCUCCAAGCACAAAGGUAGUCGCGAAGCACAGUCAGAACGGAGUUUGCAGCAAAUUGCAGCCGAACUUUUGACAAGCAAAGAGUUGUCCUCGACAUGGCCACCGCUACGGAACUGCUGAUCGAGAACGAUCCAACGGAGAUUCGCUGCCAGGAGAAAACCAAAGGAGGCUUGCGUUUCGAAGUGAUCUUGGCCGAGCCCACGGCUCCAGCCAAGCGAGCUCCUUCGCCUCAGCCGUCACCCACUCAGCUGACGGUCAACAUCGAGGACAAAUUGCGAGCGGCGGAAGAGCGUCGAUUGUCCCUUGAAGCCAACAAGAUUGCCGCGCUCAAUGUCCGCCUCAGCAAAAUCGAGGAAGUGUCGCGCAAGAAGGAUGAGCUCAACGAAACGUUCGUUAAUGCAACUCGAGAGUCGCUCAAUUUGAAAAUGAAGGAUAAUGAGGAAAAGAGAGAAGCUUACAUCAAUGAUCUCAAGAACAAACUCAAAGAGCAUUUGGAGACUGUUGAAAAAACCAGAUUGUCUCUAGAUCAACAAACUGAAGAAGUGCGCGUAGCGCUUGAAGAAAAACUCAAAACUGCUACAGCUCAGAGAGAUGAAAACACGAAGAAAAUGCUAGAUCGGCUGAAAGAGCACGAAGAUCAGGUAGCUCGCGUGCGCAAGGGCAUGAGUGAGAGAGUACACCAGCUUGAGGCUCAAAUUCAGAGCAAAUUGGAUCAAGCUCGAGAAAGACGCGAAACCAUUGAGCGAGAGCAAAUAGAGAAGCUUAAGAUUCAUGAUAAACGCGUCGAAAUGGUCAGGCAAAAUAAGGCAAAAUGCGUCCAAAACAAUCAUGAUGAAUGCAACGCAGAUAUGCCGUUAGCUAAUGAAACUGCAAGCUCUGGUUAAAAUGGAAAACUAGAUUUAAUGUCUGCAUCGCCAUCAUUAACGCACAAUAUAUUUUUACUUUAUACACUUGAUAAUUCUUAUAUUUAAUCAUACGUUUAAAUGAAUUCUAUCAUAGCAUUCAUUUCGGAUGCUUUGCUAGAUUAUGACUUUUAGAAUACUUUUUUAUACUACUUGUUUUCAUGUAUUUGAAAAUUAAGCUCAUUUGUCUAUUUUAACUUACUGAUUACGCGCAAAUUUAACGCUUUUAAAGUGGAUAAAAACGCGAGUUUCAUUUUAAGUAUCUUAAAAACACUGGGAUGUUUUAUUUUGAUUCAUUUUUUAUAAUUUGAUUAUAGGGGUAUCAAAAUUAAUAUUCAAAU